AUGGCAGACGACAUCCUCAAAGAACUCCUCAAGCUCGAAUCCCUUUCCAAAGCGUCCUCAUCCUCCGCUUCGUCCUCGAAAGGCAAAUCUAAGCCUCUUCAAACUACGUUAUCCGACCUCGAAUCGGCAUUGGAAAUAGCCGAGAAUCAGAUAAAGGAUGGGAUCGAUGUGGAAAACGUCGUCAAGUCGCUCAUCAAGGAGGCUGAGGGGAAGAAGGUCGACGUGGAGAAAGGUUUGAAGGAAUGGUACGGGGGGCUGUCAAAAGUCGGAAAAGCCAUCGACAAGUCCGAGGUUGCUGCCAUCUCGAAUACUUACGACGUACCGAGCCCGCCUCUCUUCUCCUCCGAAGAGAGCCGCAGAGCCAUGGAUGGAGUGAUCCUGGAGACGAUGGUCAGGAAGGGUGCUUGGAGUGCUGCCGAGACGCUCUGCAGAGAAACAGGGAUAUCUUUCAACAAGGAGAUGAGACGACUGAGUGAAGAGCUACAUGCCACGAUAGAUGACAUGAAUCGAGGAGACGUAGAGUCUGCUCUCAAGUGGACGAGCAAGCAUCACGACUUCCUCUCGGCUCCUCCUCAUCCUUCUCCAUUGAUGUUCUACCUCCACCGAGCCCGGCUCAUACAGCUUAUGCUCGACCCUUCCGUUUCGUCAACCACCAACCCGCACAAUGACUGCCCGGCACCGCUCCAAUAUGCUCGGGAUCACCUUUACCCGUAUAUAGUGUCGUCGCAUCAACAAGAAAUCUACCACCUUCUCGGCGCCCUUCUCUACACGCCAUCACAACUACCGACGAGCCCCUACGCCGACCUCUUGUCGCCGUCAUUGCAACCACCAGCCCUCGUCCCGCUCUUCAAGGUGGAGUUCUGCCGACUACACGGGUGGGCGAGAGAGGAUCCCUUGAGCGUGGUCGUCGAUCUCGGAGCGGGCGGGGCGUUGAGUAAGAUCGACAAGGCGAGAAAGGUGAUGAAAGACAGGCUGGGAGAGGUCAGGACGUGGGAAGAGUUGCCGGUGAGUAUGGAACUACCGGUACCUUUGUCACGACGCUACCACUCAGUCUUUGCAUGCCCCGUCUCGAAAGAACAAGCGACCGACUCGAACCCGCCAAAGAUGCUCUCGUGCGGACAUACCAUCGCACAGGACAGUUUGACCAAGCUGAGCAAACACGGACGACGAGCCGUGAAAUGUUCUUACUGCCCGCAGGAGACGGCGAUCGCUUCGGCUAUGAGGCUGUACUUGUGAUUGAAUUAGACAGACUCUGUCUCUCUCUCUCUCUGUCUCUCUCUAUAUAUAUAUGUAUAUCAUGACACAACCAGACGGCCGAACCGGAGAAUUAUAUCGGACGAUCACAACCAGA